GCGUGUGUGCGUGCGUGUGUGUGUGUGUAUGAACAGCAUGGCCAACAUCGCGGUUCAGCGGAUCAAACGGGAGUUUAAAGAGGUUCUGAAAAGCGAAGAGACGAGUAAAAACCAGAUCAAGGUGGAUUUAGUAGAUGAGAAUUUCACAGAACUGAAGGGGGAGAUCGCAGGACCACCAGACACGCCUUAUGAAGGUGGCAGAUAUCAGCUAGAGAUUAAGAUCCCAGAGACAUAUCCAUUUAAUCCACCAAAGGUUCGCUUUAUUACCAAGAUCUGGCAUCCCAACAUCAGCUCAGUAACAGGAGCCAUCUGUCUGGACAUCCUGAAGGACCAGUGGGCAGCAGCGAUGACUCUGAGAACAGUGUUAUUGUCACUCCAGGCUCUUCUGGCCGCAGCUGAGCCUGAUGACCCGCAGGACGCAGUAGUUGCCAAUCAGUAUAAGCAGAACCCAGAGAUGUUCAAACAGACGGCUCGACUCUGGUCACAUGUUUACGCUGGAGCUCCCGUCUCCAGCCCCGAAUACACACGCAAAAUAGACAAACUCUGUGCCAUGGGAUUCGAUAAAAAUGCAGUAAUAGUGGCGCUGUCGUCAAAAUCCUGGGACGUGGAGACGGCGACAGAACUGUUGCUUAGCAACUGAGUGCAUCCUGAAGGGGCCAAAGCACCUUAUCUGACCCAAACCCUCUGAAAUCAGUCCUUCAUAACAACCCAGCAGCCUCUCUUCAUCUCCAUCUUCCUCCUCUUUCUCCAUUCUGAUCUGAAAUCCUCUUUAUGUUGUUCUGAAUUGUAUGCUGUAUACAGAAAGUGCUGCUGAUGUGACAGACAGAGCUCUAUUCAUUUCCUUGUGUACAGUAUAAUGCAGGUUUGGAACAACAUGAGAGUGAGUAAAAGAUCAUCCAUUUCCCCUCUCCAUCUCUUUCUUCUCUUUACUCAUUUUGCUUUGGAUGUGCCUUUUUAUUUCUUUCUUCAUAAUCAUCAUCAUCAUCUCCUUCAGAAGGGUCCAGCAGUAGCUCCGCCCCCUCACACACUCACAGCCAAUCAGCACUGCUGUCGUCUCCCUCCUGCACAAUCAUUGGCCCUUUGAUCCGGGAAACAUUUGGGUUCCAUUUUUAAAAACGGUGUCAAACAGACUCUUAUCAUCACUCCUAGAUGUUAAUCUCAAACAGUGAAGACUGGAAAACACACACACACACAGACACAAGCGUGCGCAAAUACACAAAAGACGAGAGUUGAUCUGUAAAUAAAGCUAUUAAAGUCUGUAUAAAUUAAAGCGAUGUGGCAAUGCCUUUAUUUAUUAUUGCUUUGUGGAAUAGUGAAAUAAACACCAGUUUGAUGGCUGAGCACACGACGUGUGGAU